ACCUUAAACUUACAACCAUCUCAUCACAAGUACACACACCAAGUACUACUAUAAUUACUACAAAAAACUGCCUAGAGCAACUUCACUUAAAUCUAUACUUUGAUAUCAAUUCUGUUCAUCACUUUCACCAAAAAACUAAUUAGCUUGGCCACAUUGAGCUCUUUAUAAUUAUUCUGAAGCUUGGAAAUGGCUAGCACCAAGGUGAUUGGUGUGACAUUCUUGAUUUUGCUGCUUCUGGACCUCUCCUUAGCUGCUAGACAAUUGAAGGCAAGUAGAGGUGGAGGAGGUGGUGGUGGUGGAGGAAGAGGUGGCGGUGGCGGUGGCGGUGGUGCCCUCGGCUCGGGUUCUGGCUCGGGGUAUGGCUCUGGGAGUGGUUCGGGAUAUGGUAGUGGGGGAGGAAAAAGUGGCGGUGGAGGAGGAGGUGGGGGUGGUGGUGGUGGUGGCGGUGGAGGAGGAGGAGCUAAUGGUUCGGGGUCGGGUUAUGGAUCAGGAUCAGGAUAUGGUAGCGGGUCUGGUUAUGGAAGUGGGAGUGGGAUCGGAGGUGGGGGAGGUGGCGGUGGCGGCCGAGGAGGAGGUGGAGGUGGAGGCUCUGGAAUAGGAGGUGGGUCCGGUUCAGGGUUCGGAAGUGGGAGUGGAUAUGGAAGCGGCAGCGGCAGUGGUAAAGGUGGUGGCGGUGGUGGAGGUGGUGGAGGCGGUGGUGGCGGCGGAGGAGGUAGCUCCGGAAAUGGUUCGGGCUAUGGUAGUGGGUCGGGAUAUGGUGAGGGAUCUGGUUCGGGAUAUGGUGGAGACAAUGGUGAUUUUUCACCAUGAAACACAAAUAAUAAUUAAACUUAUGGUAGUUUGUCUUUCUUUUUAGGCAUAGCCAUUAUUAUUAUUAUUAUUCAGUGUUAGUAAAAAUAAAGUUGCAGCAAUCGAUUAAUUCACCAUCAACUUUAUUAUGAUGCUUAUAUAUGCAGCAGCAUAAUCUUAGAUGGUGAAUCAACGUUGCUUGCAUGGGGUGUAUACGUACUUACGUGCGUGCAUGUUUUUGUGUUUGGUGUAUCACAAAUUUCAGUUACUUUUGUAUUAUCAUAAUCAUCGUACAAAUUAUUAAAAUAAAAAUAUAUAAAAAAAAGUCUUGUUUUU